UAAUCGAAAAGAUGCAUUCAAGUAAUUUGCGUCUUGAGGAGCCAAUUCGGAUGGCUUCAAUUCUCGAGCCUUCUAAGCUGACUUUCUUUCCUGCAAUGACAAAGAUUGUUGGGACACUAGGUCCAAAAUCGCGAUCAGUUGAGAUAAUUUCCGGUUGCCUUAAGGCUGGAAUGUCUGUGGCAAGGUUUGAUUUUUCAUGGGGUGACACUAAAUUUCACCAAGAGACGUUGGACAAUCUCAAGAUAGCUGUUAAGAGUGUGAAGAAACUUUGUGCGGUUAUGCUGGACACAGUGGGCCCAGAGUUGCAUGUAGUUAAUAAAUCAGAGCAUCCCAUUUCCCUUGAGGCUGACACAAUGGUUGUGCUUACCCCUGAUCAAGAUAAAGAAGCCAGUUCAAAUUUAUUACCAAUCUAUUUUCAUGGUCUGUCAAAGGCAGUCAAGAAAGGAGACAAUAUUUUUAUUGGUCAAUAUCUGUUUUCAGGAAAUGAAACUACUUCUGUGUGGUUAGAGGUUGAUGAGGUGAAGGGUGAAGACGUAGUUUGUAUGAUCAAGAAUUCUGCUACUUUGUCUGGGCAGUUGUAUACUUUGCAUGUCUCUCAAAUCCAUAUUGACCUGCCUACACUCACUGAUAAAGAUAAGGCGGUGAUAAGCACAUGGGGUGUUCAAAAUACAAUAGACAUUCUUGCUUUGUCAUAUACCCGUCAUGCGGAAGAUAUACGUCAUGCCCGUGAUUAUCUUUCUGAAUUGGGUGGGCUUGAUCAAACUCAAAUUUUUGCAAAAAUUGAAAAUACUGAGGGGAUAAAACAUUUUGAUGAGAUCUUACAAGAAGCAGAUGGUGUCAUCAUUUCUCGUGGAACUUUGGGGAUAGAUCUACCAUCAGAAAAGGUAUUUUUGUUUCAAAAGGCUGCAAUUUAUAAGUGCAAUGUGGCUGGAAAACCUGCAGUGGUUACUCGUGUUGUGGACAGUAUGACAGACAACCUGAGACCUACUCGUGCUGAAGCAACUGAUGUUGCAAAUGCAGUGCUGGAUGGGUGUGAUGCAAUUCUUCUAGGUGCAGAGACACUCCGUGGAUUUUACCCAGUCGAGAGUAUUUCUACUGUUGGAAGAAUUUGUUCUGAAGCAGAGAAGGUAUUUAAUCAAGAUCUAUAUUACAAGAAAACUAGCAAACAUAUUGGCGAACAAAUUUCUCACCUGGAAUCUAUUGCUUCCUCGGCGGUACGUGCAGCCAUCAUGGUUAAAGCCUCUGUCAUUAUUUGCUUCACUUCAUCGGGAAGAGCUGCCAGGUUGAUUGCUAAGUACAGGCCAACUAUGCCCGUUCUAUCUGUUGUCAUCCCUCGGCUUAAGACAAAUCAAUUACGAUGGACCUUUACUGGUGCUUUUGAGUUGGAAUAAUAAUGUGCUUGACUUUGAUGGGAGAGUAGAAGGAAGAUGGAAAGGAUAGGUCAUUAUCAUGAGUAACUAGUUGAAUACUGCUGAAAGCCUAUGCAGUGUGUUAUAAGCACUCCACUUUCUUCUUUCUUCUUUCCUGCUUGGUACUAAUGUUGAUGACUAGAAUUGAUGCUGGGGCAAUCUAGGGAACAGUUCCUUCCAGCCAGUCAAAGACCUUUUGAAACCUUUUUCAACUUCUUUUUCUACUUUGCUGAGUAUUUCUCUCUUAUCAUUCACUCUAUUAACUAUUAUGUAUUUCAGUAUUCAGUUGAGGAUAAGAAUCAUCAAUACGCUUUCCUUUUUUGAAUGUUGUGGCAGGCAAGGCAAUCCCUCAUUGUAAAGGGAAUUUUCCCCAUACUUGCAGAUCCUCGACAUCCUGCCGAGGGGAAAAAUGUCACAGACGAAUCAGUUUUAAAGGCAGCUCUGGAUCAUGGCAAAGCCUUUGGCAUUAUAAACCCACAUGACCGUGUAGUGGUUUUCCAGAAAGUUGGCGAUUCAUCAGUGGUGAAGAUCAUUGAGCUUGAAAACUAAGUACAUCUAAUUUUGAAAAUGGUUUGGCUUUGACAUUGAGAUGCUGCAGAUUUGCUAUUUACCAAGUUUCUUGCUUCUUACAAAAAGAAGAGAUAGCCAUGAGUUUAUGCUGAAUCUCCUUUUAUAAAUUUUUGUAUGAAACAGCUCUAUCUUCAUAUUUUCAUGCCGUCAUGACAUGAUUAAAGAAGCCAAACACUUUUAUGGCAGUUUCUUUCACAUGCUAGCGUAAUAUUGUUAG